UACGUCACUUCCUCUUUUGAAAUGGACAUCCGCAGCACGUGUUGAACAAGCGACUGUUUACAGUACUUGUUAAAUCUAAACGUUUUGGCAGCACAUGCAACCAAACAAAACACAACUAUUGAAGCUAAAUCUUCCCGUCAAACAGCGAUGCCGAAAGUGAAGAAGUCCAAAGGAGGAGGAGGAGGAGAGCCGAGCGGAGGAGGAGCGGUGGCCGUGCCGCUUGCUGAGCAGAUCCUCCAGGCGGACACCAUGCGAGCCCGAGGCCGGGUGAAGAGCAGAGACAGCCGGCCAGAAAACGAGGACAACUACGUGGACGAGCGUCUGUCGAGGAAGAUCUUACAACAGGCACGAAUUCAGCAAGAGGAGCUUCAGACGGAAUAUGGCCUGGCACCGGAGAAGAAGAAAACACCAGUCACUGUUCUCGGGCCUGACACUCAGGAUGCAGACUCCGAUGAGGAGUGGCCAGCGCUGGGAGCAGCAGGUCCUGAUGACGAUGGCGAUGUUGUGUGUGAGACCGAAGUCACCGUUGACCCUGAUGACGAGAAGGCCAUGGAGAUGUUCAUGAAUAAAAACCCUCCGAUGAGACGGACCUUAGCUGAUAUUAUCAUGGAGAAGAUUACAGAGAAGCAGACUGAGGUAGGGACAGUGAUGUCAGAGGUGUCAGGGCGUCCAAUGCCACAACUCGACCCAAGGGUAAUUGAAGUGUACAAAGGUGUCAAUAAGGUUCUGUCAAGGUAUCGCAGCGGGAAAUUGCCAAAGGCUUUUAAAAUAGUCCCAGCACUCUCAAACUGGGAGCAGAUUCUUUAUUUGACUGAGCCUGAGACCUGGACAGCAGCUGCCAUGUAUCAAGCUACAAGAAUCUUCUCGUCCAAUCUGAAAGAGCGAAUGGCCCAGAGGUUUUACAACUUGGUGCUGCUGCCCCGAGUACGGGAUGAUAUUGCGGAGUACAAGAAACUCAACUUUCAUCUCUAUAGCGCUCUGAAGAAGGCCUUGUUCAAACCAGGAGCAUGGUUUAAAGGUAUCCUGAUUCCUCUUUGUGAAUCUGGGACGUGUACUCUGAGGGAAGCCAUCAUCAUCGGUAGCAUACUCACAAAGUGCUCAAUCCCUGUGCUCCACUCCAGCGCUGCAAUGCUUAAGUUGGCAGAGAUGGAGUACAACGGCGCCAACAGCAUUUUCCUCCGCCUCUUGCUGGACAAGAAAUACGCCCUGCCUUUCCGUGUCCUAGAUGCCUUGGUAGCGCACUUCCUGUCCUUCCGCAGUGAAAAACGUGUGCUUCCUGUGCUGUGGCAUCAGAGUUUACUCACCAUGGCCCAGCGCUACAAGGCUGACCUGCCCUCUGAACAGAAGACCGCACUGCUGGAGCUGCUCAAGAUACAAACACACCCUGUGAUCUCUGCAGAGAUUCGCAGAGAACUGCAAAACUCGGAGUCGAGGGAUCUUGAAAUCGGGCUCCCUGUUACAGUUGAGAUGGACUGAGGGUUCAGUCUGGUCUGGCGUUUCCUCCUUCUCCUCUGAUGCAAAUGAUUCAUGGUUUCUUCAGCAUGAAGAAAAUUGUGUUAAAUCUAACUUCAUUAUUCUUCCUGACACACGAAAGGACAGUUUCAAAGAUGGCAGUGUCUCAUUACAGUGUCUCAGGAGCCAUAAUUCUGUUCCCUGCUUGGAGGAGUUUGCACAUUUAAAAUGCACAUCAGUAGUGAUGUAGAUGUUGUAAUUUCAUAUCAGGAAUCUCUGAGCUAUUUUCCCGCAGUUGCAGGGCAGUGAUUGCUUGGGAAUACAAGGACUGGUAUUUGUGUUCAUUUGAUAAAGAGUAACUUUGUUGUUUUGAAGCAACAAUUUUGGAUUAAAAACAAACUGAAUCCUUAAAAA